AUGAUUGAGAGAGAGAGGGAAACAGAGGAAGAUGAGGGAGGGGGCACCUCUGACACAGCACCUAUGCUGCCCCGGAGACCGUCUGAUCACCAGGCCUCACCAGGGCGGGCAGGUCUGGCCCCCUGGGGCCUGAAGCCUCUACAGCUACCUGGCCGGGCCCUGGCUGGACUCCUUCUCCACCUGCUGCUGUCUGCCAUGGUGUUCCUGCUGGUGCUGCUGCCCGCAGCCGCCGUUGUCUACCUGGGCUUCCUGUGCCACUCCAGGGUCCAUCCGGCGCCCCGACCCCCAUGCCGCUCGAUGCUUUCCGACCGAGGUUCGGCGACGCUCAUCGCAUUCGGCUUCCUCUCGCUGCCACCGCUGCUCGUGCUCGCCUCGGCCGCCCGCGCACGCCUGGCCCGACGUCUCCGUCCGCUGCUGCCGCCCCUCCCGUGGGCUUCCGGUCCCGGGGACCACCGAGGGUCCAGGGGCGAGGAGCUGGCAGGCAGCGGUUUGGAUGAGGAGGAGCAGUUUUGCGCCUGGGUGUGA